CAGGAGAGGCGGAGCCGAUCCUGCUGAGUAUUCUUGUGUGCUGCAGCUGCUGCAGUUACCGGCAGGCAGCGCUUCUCAAGCGAGUCAGCUUGCUUGAGAAAGAGCUUUGGCGCUGUGAAUAUCUGGUUCGUUGCUACAAAGACUGUAUUUGACGUAGGUGGCUUCAUCUGCAGCCCCUUCUUGCGCUAGAGAUAUUUGCAUUCUACAGGGGCUACAGACACCCUUCCCUAGGAUAGCUGUACUUUGUGCGCCUAGCAGGAGACAUGCCUCGGGGGCGGAAGAGUCGGCGCCGCCGUAAUGCAAGGGCUGCAGAAGAGAAUCGCAACAAUCGCAAAAUCCAGGCCUCAGAGGCUUCCAAUGCCCUGCUGGCCACCCCGGUGGUCCCUUGCACCCGCCAGGACGACCUGAGUGGCCGUGAGGAAGACCCGAGCACCCCCGACGAGCCCUCCACCACCUCUGAAGAAGCGUCCAGCACUGCUCAAGCACAAAAGCCCUCGGUACCCCGGAGCAAUUUUCAGGGCACCAAGAAAAGUCUCCUGAUGUCCAUACUAGCCCUCAUCUUCAUUAUGGGCAACAGCGCCAAGGAGGCCUUGGUGUGGAAGGUGCUGGGGAAGUUGGGGAUGCAGCCUGGCAGGCAGCACAGCAUCUUUGGAGAUCCGAAGAAGGUCGUCACGGAAGAGUUUGUGCGCAGAGGGUACCUGAUUUAUAAGCCAGUGCCCCGCAGCAGUCCCGUGGAGUAUGAGUUCUUCUGGGGCCCUCGAGCACACGUGGAAUCCAGCAAGCUGAAAGUCAUGCAUUUUGUGGCAAGGGUGCGUAACCGAUGUUCCAAAGACUGGCCAUGUAAUUACGAUUGGGAUUCAGAGGAUGAUGCAGAAGUUGAGGCUAUCCUCAAUUCAGGUGCUAGGGGUUACUCCGCACCCUAGAAGAACCCAGGGCAGACCCUUGGGGGUGGAAAACAGAGUCAAAGGUACCCCGAGGAGUAGAUAGCCUAGGUCCUGAGUUAAAAAUAACGGGGUUGGGGAGGGGGGCACUGUAUGUACUAUUUGUGAUCAGUCCCAAUUGUUUAACUGAGAAUAGAGCAAUGUUUGGAUAUUGUAAAUUUUAUGCAUUUUAAUAUGUUGUUAAAUUAGAAUCACAUCUGUUUAAAAAUUGAAGAAGAGAUUUUUUUUCUGUCAUUGAGAUUUAGUGGCUUUUUUAGUGCUAGCAUUUUAAACAGUUUUGCUAGCAUUAUAAAAUGAAGUUUUUCCAUUAUAUUCUGUGAUCUUCUACAAAUUAUGUACCAUUGACCUGGGCUAUUCUUUGAAAGUUUGAAAUAACCAGUAAAACGUGGGGGAAGAAGAGGGAAUUGCUCACUUCUGACCUUUCUGCAUCUCUUUGUGUCUGCUAUUGUGUAAAGAAGACUGACAUUUGCUGUGAAUUUGUUUUGUUACUGCAGAAUAUAGAAAAAAAUAAAAGCAUAAUGACUAGGA